CUCUCUAGCGAUAGCACCCUGUCCAGUGAUAGCACGCUAAGCAGUGACAGCACCCUUUCAAGCGAUAGCACCCUCUCUAGCGAUAGCACCCUGUCCAGCGACAGCACGCUAAGUAGUGACAGCACCCUCUCUAGCGAUAGCACCCUCUCUAGCGAUAGCACCCUUUCCAGUGACAGCACCCUCUCUAGCGAUAGCACCCUUUCCAGCGAUAGCACCCUGUCCAGCGAUAGCACGCUAAGCACUGACAGCCCAGGUUCUUCCGAAGUUGCAAUCCGAAGAUCAGCGGAGACAGCCGUGGCAUCAUCUACUAUUGCUGCAUCAACAGCAGCAUCACUGGGGAGCUUAGCCGCAGCAGUGGCAGCUGCAGUAUCAGGGGGCUUCGUACCAGCAGAAGAAGCUGCACAAGCAUCGUCAUUUGCUGCGGAACAGGCAGCCAAUGCUGCAUCUUCAUUUUCUCUUGGCACAAUAAAUGCAGCUGCAGCAGCAGCAGCAGCAGAUAAUGCAGCAGACUCAUCUGAAAUUGCUGCAACCAGAGCGCAUGAAGCAGCGCUUCAGGCGAACGAGGACUUGGUACCAUUUGCACUACAACUCGCCGAAGCAGCAAAAAAAGCAGCAACCAUAGCAAGAAGAGCUGCAAUGACAACUGCCGUCGGAGCGAGCGAUUUGUCUUCUGGACUCACUGCAGAAAAUAUGGCAACUCUAAUAGAUGAUGCAAGAAAGGCAAACCAAGAGGCUGAGAUGGCAGCGCAAGAACUACGAGCUAUACUCAAUUCAGCCGAGCUACCAGCAGAUGUAGAGGCCAGCGUAAGACAAGCUAUAGAGGAAGCUGCAAGCUCAACUUUGUUGGUGGAACAAACAGCGGCUGAAGCUCGACGUGCACUCGACACAGCCCAACAAUCGACGGCAUCAAAUGACAGAAAUAUACAAGCUGAGUUAGCUAGUGAACUAGCUGUCCUGCAAAUACAAAAUGCAGCACAGGACGCAGUUGCGGCUGCACAGGCUGCGGAAACACCGUCGGACGCCGUCCAAGCGUCAAGAGAAGCCUCCCUGGCGGCAACAGCAGCGUCCCUCGCAGCUUCGGCGGCGACAGUUGUUGGGGCAAAUACUGGAACGGAUCUAAACGAUCUCAUCGACGGCGCCUUUGACAGUGCAGAGGCAGCAAAUCGUGCGGCUAUAUUAGUUGCAAAUGGAGAGGCAGAACCACUGGAGGCAAGAGAUGCCGCAGCAAGAGCAGCAGACGCGGCAGAAGCGGUGGCCAACGCAGCAGAAGCAGCUGCGUCGUCUGGAAGUCUUGAAGCGGAAAGGUUCUCGCUCGAGGCGGCAAGGGUGUCCCUCGACGCGGCGACGGUGGCCAGACAAGUGGCGACGGCGAGCCCAGAUACAUUUUCCGACACCUCGGCAGAAUUCGUGAUGACAUCCAGAAGGGCCGCAGAACUUUUCGGAAGUCAGUUGUCAUCCAUGCUGACACCUGAAAUGUUUGAAGCAAUUGCUGAUGCGGAGCAAGUCGCCUUGCUGGCAGAAGCUACAGGCAUCGUUGCAGGAGCCACAGAGACUUUUGAGGACGCGAGAAGCUUAGUAAGAUCUGCGAGCACAACAACACGGACAGGGAUAGACCUGAUGCAAAACCUCAUGAACAGAACAACGCUGAGCCUGGCACAAGACUCGUUAGUGGUCGGCUUCGUAGCUUCGGCUGCAGCUAUAACCGCAACGAGCUCGGCGGCGGCGGGCGGAGCAGGGGCAGCGUCGGCAGCCGAAGAUGCAUUAACCGCCGCACGGGAAGCGGCCAGCUCUGCCACCUCACUGAGUAACAGUGAAGUUACCCUGAACUCGACAGUGAACGCCGGACUUGCGGCAUCUCUCGCAGCCAAUAACGCAGCCGAUGCGGCCCUGGCCGUAUCGCAAAAUGGCUCCGACCUGGAAGUGCAGUUGGCUCGCCUGGCAAUGGAGGCGGCUGAAAUAGCGUCCAGGGCGACAAGAGCCGCACAAACUGUCGCCUCUGGUCAAGCAACGACGCAAACGAUUACAGAAGCCAACCGAGAGGCCAGAGAAAUCGACAAUGAGUGGAGGAUGUUUACAAGGAGGGUGCAAGACACGGUGACUGGUACUUCGCAGCCAUGCACGGAGAUUAUUCUGGAUCCGCUGGCCAUCCUGUCUGUGGGGUCCACAGGGCAGGUGUGCACUGACUUAACCAAACAAGCGGCAGCGUUGGCUGUGUUAGUAACCGCGCCGGGCCGUCGCCUCAACACCGAGACGGACACCAUGCGGGCUCUGGCGUCAGCGACGGCCUCGUCGGCAAAUAUCGCAGUGCGAACGGCAGACGCGUCGUUGGCCAAGGCUGCGUUUUUUAUAAACGGCGCCAACGUACAGACGCUCUCAUUCACCACCAUGAUCGCCGCUGUUGUGUUCACAUUGCUUUUGUGAAGCGUGUUUUAAAAUGAGAAAGCCAUCUAUUUAUGUUUGUGAUCAAAUGUAUGUCUCAUAUAUGCGCCUUAUCAUUUAUUCAGUAACGCUGCUUAUAUAUAAAUGUACUUAUCUGUUGUUAUGAAAAGUCAGUGUAAACAAAACAGUGAAGCGCACGAGUUGCGCUUCAACUUCCGCCGUGUUACACUACAGAGUGUUUUGCAAUUGUGCAUAAGAUAAAAAUUUAACUAAA